GCGUUGUAAUAUAGUCUAUAGUCUUUCGAUGAUGUAUGAAAAGCAUAAGAAGCCCAAACCCAGGCCAGGGUCGAACGAACUUUGCUCCCUUUGUUCCCAUUUUUCUUUCCCCCUCCCUCCGCUCUCUCUUCUUUCAUUUCAUUCCAUCAACAUCCUCCUUCGUUAACACCGCAACUACAUUCUAUUCACCAGUCAUGAAGACCACCUUCCUCCUCGCCGGACUCUUGUCCCUGGCUGUUGCCUCCCAGGCUGAAAUGACUCGCAUUCAGCUCAAGAAGGCCAACAUCACCCCUGCUGAGAAGCUCCAGGCCUACGCCGAGACGGGUUCGUACCUGUCCCAGAAGUACUUUGGCUCGCCAGCGCGCAAAAUGAAGACGGACCAGGCCAAUCAGAUCAUCGGUCUGGAUGCUGAGGGCAAGCCAUCGUACGGCGUCCCCCUCUCCAACUAUAUGAAUGCCCAGUACUACGGUGACAUCUCCAUUGGAUCGCCCCCACAGACCUUCUCGGUCGUCUUCGACACCGGUUCGUCCAACCUCUGGGUCCCAUCGACCCACUGUACCUCAAUUGCCUGCUUCCUCCACCGCCGCUUCGACUCGAACAAGUCUUCGACCUUCAAGGCCAACGGCACCGCUUUCGGCAUUCAAUACGGCUCUGGAUCGCUCGAGGGCAUCAUCAGCAACGACAAUGUCGAGGUCGGUGGUGUCGUCAUCAAGCACCAGGACUUUGGCGAGUCCGUCAAGGAGCCCGGUCUUGCCUUCGCCUUUGGCAAGUUUGACGGUAUCUUUGGUCUCGGCUACGACACCAUCUCCGUCCUUGGCGUCGUCCCUCCAUUCUACAGCCUCGUGAACCAGAAGCUGGUCGACGAGCCCGUCUUUGGAUUCUAUCUCGCCCAGGCUGAUGGCAGCACCGGUGGUCAGAUGACCCUCGGUGGCGUGGAUGCCAACCACUUUGAGGGCGACCUUGACUGGUACAGCGUGCGCCGCAAGGGUUACUGGGAGAUUGACCUGAACAAGAUCCGACUGGGCGACGAGACCGUCGAGCUCGGCGGUGGCGCUGUGAUCGACACCGGCUCGUCCUUGAUCGUCUUGGAGACCGCUCUGUCGGACAUGAUCAACAAGCAGAUUGGCGCGACCAAGAACUAUGCUGGACAGUACACCAUCGACUGCGCUGCCGUCCCCGACCUGCCCGAAUUCGCCUUCACCUUUGGAAAGAAGGAGUACAAGUUGCAGGGAUCCGACUAUAUCCUCAAUGCCGGAGGAUCAUGCGUGUCUGGAUUCAUGGGCAUGGACUUCCCUGAGUCCCUCGCUGACCUCUGGAUCGUCGGCGAUGUCUUCUUGCGCAAGUACUACAGCGUCUACGACCUUGGCAAGGACCGUGUCGGCUUUGCUCCUGCCAAGUAAAUCAUAUGAGGAUGGAGGGCACGCGCUUUUUCAAUGGCGCAUGGUAAACCCAUAUGACCCUACGAAAAAAAAAAAAAAAAAAAAAUCUCUUUUUUUUCUAUACCUUUAUCCAGGAGUCGAUGAUGGCUGUGAGAGACAGAGAGAGAGAGAGAGGCCAUUCCUAUACACACCACCCCCACCUUUGUAUCUAACGCUCGAUCCACACUAUACACUAGCAAAUGUUGUUAAUAACAAAUGUAUAAAAAAUAAAAAAAAUAAACUGCUGUAAAACGAA